AUGGUCCUGUUGGCCGUGUUCAUGUCGAUGGGUGCUUUGGUGAUGGGGAACCUUCUCCUCAUCUUCGUGGAGAACCAAGAGGCAAACCCCGAAGAUCGACUGUGGAUCUGGAUGCGGUAUGGCACCGCUUACCGUGCUCUCUAUACACUGUACGAGGUAACCUUUGCAGGGAACUGGCCUACAAACGCAAGGCCCGUGAUGGAGAAGGUGAGCCACGCGUACGUGUUCUUUUUCCUGUUGUAUGUCACGCUUGUCGUUUUCGCCGUCAUCCGAGAGCAGCUGGUUGUGGACAGAAUGAACAAGAAGGCCAAAUACGUGGAGCAGCUGGAGGCUGUCUUCAAGGCCAUUGAUCAGCGUGGUGAUGGCACGGUUACCGAAGAGAGGCUCAACGAGCUUCUUUCCCACCCACAGGUCGCGGCUUACUUCAACGUCCUCGACCUUGAUGUGCAGGAAACUUCCGUGUUCUUCCACAUCAUUGACAACGGUGAUGGAGAGGUGACUCUGGACGAAUUCAUUGAUGGCAUCCUUCGAUGCAAAGGUAAUGCCCGGGCAGUGGAUUCAAUGGCGAUUCGGGCAGAUCUGAAGAAGCUGACGACCAAAGUGAACAAGAUCCAGAGGACGCUGAAGCAGCAGUCAGUCUGA